AUGUUCCCCUCUGAGGAGCCGUGGAACUCCACCGAGCAGGUCUGGCUCAACGGCACGGAGAGGGUGAACUUCUCUCUGGGAAGACGCGGGAGAGACGACCACGAGGAGGAGGAGGACGGGGGUCAGCAUCCCUUCCUCACGGACGCCUGGCUGGUGCCCCUCUUGUUCUCCCUCAUCAUGCUGGUGGGUCUGGUGGGCAACUCGCUGAUCAUCUAUGUCAUCUCCAAACACAGGCAGAUGAGGACGGCGACUAACUUCUACAUCGCAAACCUGGCUGCCACUGACAUCAUCUUCCUGGUGUGCUGCGUCCCCUUCACUGCCACCCUCUACCCUCUCCCCGGAUGGAUCUUUGGCAACUUCAUGUGCAAGUUUGUCGCCUUCCUACAGCAGGUGACGGUCCAGGCCACUUGUAUCACCCUGACUGCCAUGAGUGGGGACCGCUGUUACAUCACCAUCUACCCUCUGAAAUCCCUCCGCCACCGUACCCCGAGAGUCGCCAUGAUCGUCAGCGUCUGCAUCUGGAUCGGCUCCUUCAUCCUGUCCACCCCCAUUUUGAUGUACCAGCGCAUAGAGGAGGGUUACUGGUACGGUCCCAGACAGUACUGCAUAGAGAGAUUUCCCUCUAAAACCCACGAGAGGGCUUUCAUCCUCUACCAGUUCAUUGCUGCCUACCUGCUGCCCGUCCUCACCAUCUCCUCCUGCUACACCCUGAUGGUGAAGCGGGUGGGUCAGCCCACCGUGGAGCCGGUGGACAACAACUACCAGGUAAACCUCCUGUCUGAGAGAACGUUAAGUAUCAGGAGCAAAGUGUCCAAGAUGGUGGUUGUGAUUGUCUUGCUCUUUGCCAUCUGCUGGGGACCCAUCCAGAUCUUCGUCCUUUUCCAGUCGUUCAAUCCAAACUACCGACCAAACUACGUCACGUACAAGAUCAAGACGUGGGCCAACUGCAUGUCGUACGCCAACUCCUCCGUCAACCCCAUCGUUUACGGAUUCAUGGGAGCCAGCUUCCAAAAGUCCUUCAGGAAAACCUUCCCCUUCCUGUUCAAGCACAAAGUCAGAGAUAGCAGCAUGGCGUCAAGGACCGGCAAUGCCGAGAUCAAGUUCGUCGCGGCAGAGGAGGGCAACAAUAACAACGCAGUGAAUUAA